GCGAAUAAGCAUCUGGACCAGUAUGACCACGUCGCGGGGUUUAUUGAGGACGUCGCCCCAGAGAGCCAGGUCUUCGCGAGCCAGAUCGCGGAGGACUUCGACCAGAACCUCGAUAACUUGGAGGGGCAUGGUGCACCGCAGAGCUGCGUGAGCAGGGAUGUCAUGAUGACGUCGGGCUACCAUUUGAUGGCUCGAACGGGGCAGGAGGAGGUCUGGCACCAGAUGGGGAGUUCCCCACCAAUCCUGACAGCGACCAAGCCGAAGCCGCCCAAGCAGAUCUGCAGCGCCAAGCUCAAGGAUACGAUGCACCAGCGGAUGCUGACUUUCAUGUCGGACGUGGCCAUCACGCAGGCGAUCAACGGCAGGUAUUGCUAUUGCGAGCGGGACAGCAACUCCAGGGACUGGGAGGGCCAACUCGUGCGCAAACUGGAACGACUACCCGAGGUCCAAUCAGGAGUUGCUUAUCAACGAAAGCGUCGCUACAGAUCCAACCUACCUGGGAAUGCGCUGGAGUUCGGGAAGAUGCUGGUCCAGGAGUGCCUCAAUUACCACCUGCAGGGCCUACUGGGCGAGAGACCAGAACCACUUCUGGAGCUCGCGGGGGCGCAGAUCAAGCCCAUCAUCAAGGAUAAGGCUAGCAUCAAUACCAGCGAGGAGUUGACAGGGGGAACUGCACCAUGCUGUGCGGCACCUACACGCAUCGCUAAGGACGAGAGGAGCACCGACCCGCAUAUCAAGCAGCAGGUGCAGUAUAUACACGAGAACAUGGGACACUGCAGCAACGAGAACUCGGUGAUGGUGCUGAAGUGCGGCAAGGCCAGGCAGGUCUACAUCGACGCAGUGCAGAAGUUGGUCUGCCCGAGCUGCGAUGCCAACAAGCGACCGAGGUUGGAGAAACUUUCCAAUGCCCCCGCCACCAACCAGUUCAACGACGUCAUCGGUAUGGACAUCUUCUUUGUUCUAGGUCCCGAGCGCACCGCCAAGGUACCCAUGCUCAAGGUCGCGUGCCACGGGACAGGCGACUUCUGCGAGCUCGUCGACUCCAUCAACGUGGCCAUCGGCGACAGCUUCCGCAGCGGAGGUUCGAGAGCUCUCAACGGCGUCGCCGAGUUGGCAAGGAGCACCGACAUGCGCAAGGCAGCCAUGGCAGCCUACAUCGAGGCGGGGUGCUCGGAGAAGUGGAGAAACCACCUGAGGAACCUGAGCUACCACGAGCAGCGCCACCAGAACCUGCAGGAGAUCGAGAAGUCCAUUGAGAAUAACCCCGAUGUCACUCCCAUGAAGAGCCAGCGCUACGAUCACCUCGACGACGUGUCGAUUACCAUCAAGCAGAAGAAGGACUUCCCGAGCUCGGCCAUGCUGGCGUCGGAACGCAUCGCCACCUUCGAAGAGGCCAAGGGCGCAGCAGUUAGGAGCGCACUUCUCACCAGCACCAACCAGAGGAUGAGGAAGGAUAUCACGGGUAAGUACCUUCUGAACACCUACAAUUAUCAGCCCUACCUCGCGGCCGAGCGUCGGGAAUGGAACGACAUCAAGAACGCGGACGCGGUCAAGGUGAUGCCUCCAGUUCAAGCGGCCAAUAUUCGACGAGAUCCCGAACUGGCUUCUCGCAUCAUGGGCUCGAGGUGGGCGCUGGCCGACAAGGGCGGAUAUCCAGAGGUGGCUGGCGCGAGUAAGAGGCAGCUGCUGUUCUUGACCGACGGGGCCUGGAGGAUGGCAAAGGCGCGGUGGACCGUGCAGUGCCAUGCCGGUCCUGAUCUCUCGGGGCUUGAGAUUUACAGCCCCGUCGUUGGGAAGGACUCGGUGUUUCUCAUUCUGCAGAUCUGGUGCACCAGCAAGUGGGCUCUUCAGCUGGACUACCUGGCGUGGAGGGGCUCUUUGGUGAAGUUACUCAAGGCCGUCCGCGGACUCGGGGAUGCCCCAGUGCAGUCGUUGACCGCAUUAACCAACUACGCCAAGGACGUCGGCUUCAAGUGUUCCAUCUUUGACGGCUGUGUCUUUACCUUCGCGACGAUCAAGGACUACAUGGAGUGGUGGGACAUGCGGCGGAAGAAA